AUGUGGGUAACUUUUGAACUUUAUAUGAUAUUUGUGAUUACACGAUUAGUAGAUACAAAUAGUGUGAAUUUUCUUGGUGGUUUGAAAAACGAUAAUGAAAGUUUUAGAAGUAAAGAGAGUUUUCAAAAAUAUAAAUUUGUUGAUUCAAUUUAUCAACCAUCUGACAAUCUUUUAUUAACAUCUAAACCUCCAAAAUUUGAAACACCAUCUUGGAUAACUAAAAUUACAAGAAAUACUGAUGUAAUUGAAAUAUUACCAAAGAAAAUAAAGAAAUCUCUCGUAUCAGUAGGAAUUCAUCAUGGCCCUAGUUAUCACAUGGAACUUCAUUCAAACCCAUCAACUGGUGAUUUAUCUCAUUGCACUAAUUGUAAUCAACAUAAGGAACGCCGGAAUCCUACAUUCAAUCCUUGGGGAGGUAAACGAAAUUCAAUUCCUUUCAAAGUUGACACCAAAAUUCGACGACCAGUAAGAGUUCCAUUUAAUAGCUGGGGUGGAAAACGUCAAGGAACUUUUUUGAAUUCAAAUUGGCAUGGAGAAGUUUACAAAAAACGAGCAAAUGAGGCAAUUGGAAUUAAAAAACCGUUUAACAGUUGGGGUGGAAAACGAACACCGUACUCUCUACAAACUAUUUAUUCUCAUGAAAAAUUAUUCACUAAUGGCAUAUAA